UAAACCAAGGAGUCGAUAUGCUGUGAACAGCUCUGGUGACACCACAGAAGAUCAAGAUGGGGACUCCAGAGACCAAUGUCCUCUAACUGAUGAGCAAUUGGUUUCAGGGUUUUCGGAUGUCAUCCUGGCAACAAUUUUGGCUACCAAGUCAGAUAUGUGUGGCAAAAAGUUUGAACUGAAGAUUGAUAACGUUCGCUUUGUUGGUCAUCCCACGUUGCUUCAGCAUGCGCUUGGCCAGGUAUCCAAAACUGAUCCCUCACCAAAGAGAGAGAUGCCCACUAUGAUUCUCUUCAACGUGGUAUUUGCACUAAGGGCCAAUGCCGAUCCCUCUGUGAUAAACUGCCUACACAACCUCUCCCGAAGGAUCGCCAUCGUCUUGCAGCAUGAGGAACGCCGCUGCCAAUACCUGACCAGGGAGGCCAAGCUGAUCUUGGCUAUUCAGGACGAAGUGUCUGCCAUGUCAGAAACCACAGAAGGGCCACAGUCACCUUUUCAUCACAUCCUACCCAAGUGCAAACUGGCCAGAGAUCUCAAAGAGACAUAUGACAGUCUCUGCACAACAGGGGUGGUCCGUUUACAUAUCAACAACUGGCUGGAAGUGAGUUUCUGCUUGCCUCAUAAAAUCCAUUAUGUUGCCACAAACUUUAUACCCCCUGAAGCAAUUGAGAGAAGCCUGAAAUCUAUCAGGCCUUACCAUGCCUUAUUACUUUUAAAUGAUGAGAAGUCAUUGCUUAAUGAGCUCCCGUUGGACUGCUCUCCUGCCCUGGUGAGAGUAAUUAAAACUACCUCUGCUGUGAAGAAUUUGCAGCAACUGGCUCAAGAUGCUGACUUAGCGUUGCUGCAGGUUUUCCAGCUUGCUGCACAUCUCGUUUACUGGGGAAAAGCAAUUAUUAUUUAUCCGCUGUGUGAAAACAACGUCUACAUGCUUUCUCCAAAUGCCAGUGUCUGUCUUUACUCUCCAUUAGCAGAUGCGUUUUCUUGUCAGUUCCGAGGCCACAACCUGCCGUCGAUGCUUUCCAAGUUCUCCCUCCCAGUGUCACUCUCAGAGUUCAAGAAUCCACUCGCGCCACCCGUUCAGGAGACUCAGCUCAUUCAGAUGGUGAUAUGGAUGCUCCAACACAGGCUUCUUAUUCAGCUUCACACUUACGUCUGUCUGAUGGUGCCGCCAAAUGAGGAGGAUUUCCGAGCCCAAGACGAAGACAUGCCCUUUACUGCCAGAGUUGGAGGCCGAAGUUUAAGCACCCCCAAUGCUCUCAGCUUUGGCUCGCCAACUAGUAGUGAUGACAUGACUCUGACAAGCCCUAGCAUGGAUAAUUCCAGUGCUGAGUUGAUACCUGGUGGGGACUCACCCCUAAAUAAAAGGAUGACGGAGAAUCUCCUAGCAAGCUUGUUGGAACAUGAGCGGGAAGCUAUCCUUAAUGUCCCUGCUGCCCAAAAUCCAGAAGAUCUUCGCAUGUUUGCAAGGCUGCUGCACUAUUUCCGAGGCCGACACCACUUGGAGGAGAUCAUGUACAACGAGAACAUGCGUCGCUCCCAGCUGCUGAUGCUGUUUGACAAAUUCCGCAGCGUGCUGGUGGUGACCAGCCACGAGGACCCCGUCAUUUCAGUUUUUCAGUCUCUCUUGAAGUGACUCUACUGGCAAAGGAAGGGAACCUGCUACAGGCUCCACACGGAUAGUCUAAAAGAUGCCUAAAAACUGAAGGAGGUGAUUUCAAUUCCUUCUCGCCGUGUGACAGAGAGCAGGCUCUUCCCCCUCCGUGCCUUGCUUUCCCAUCUGCUCCCUGUGGCGACACUGCUGCAGGACAGCACACGCUUGCUCAGCCCGGAUUCCUGCCACACCAUGUGCACGGCGCGGGAGCUGCUGGUCCACAGCCCUUCCCUGACCCUGCUCCCUCCCGAGAGCGGGCAGGAUGUUCCCUGCGGGACUUCACCUCUGGGUGGGUGCUGGCGCACCACAAGCGCAGGUCACUGCUGGGUGUGCGAGCAGCCUGGCUCUCGGGGGAGUGUCCCUGGGCGCCGAGGAAUUCCGUUUGAUCCUUGUUAUCUGCCGGCACUGAGGACAGAGGUAGGAAGGCAAAGUAUCACAAGUAAACAGUUUCAUGAAUGAGAA